AUGGCCCAGGAUCCCCCCACCGAGAUGCGCCGCUGGCAGGUCGCCUCCCCCGGCGCCUUCAUCCGGGACCUCGCCCUCGUCACCGUCCCGACGCCCGCCGCCUCCUCACUCAAGGCCAACCAGGUCCUCGUCCAAGUCAUCGCUGCGGGCAUCAACCCGGCCGACUACAAGUUCCCGGACCUCGGCCUCGUCGCCAAGGCCAUCAUCUCCUUCCCCAGGUGCCCCGGCAUGGACUUCGCCGGCCGCGCCGUCGCCGUGGGCUCCGCCAUCACCGACAUCGCCCCGGGAGACGUCGUCGUCGGCCGCCUCGACCCGAUGUCCGCCCAGGGCUCGCUGAGCGAGUACGCCAUCGCCAACCGCGACGGCAUCGCCUCCAUCCCCGCCGGCGCCGCCUCGGUCGACCUCGAGCAGGCCGCCGCCCUCGGCACCGCCGCCCUCACCGCCUACCAGACUAUUGUCCCCUACGUCAAGGCCGGCGACAAGGUCUUCAUCAACGGCGGCUCCGGCGGCACCGGCACCUACGGCAUCCAGAUCGCAAAGGCCAUCGGCUGCCACGUCACCGUCUCGUGCUCCACGGCCAAGGCCGACCUGUGCCGUUCCCUCGGCGCCGACGACGUCAUCGACUACAAGACGGCCGACGUCGUCGCCGACCUGCGCGCCCGCGGCAAGGUCUUCGCCGUCGUCGUCGACAACGUCGGCAACUCGCCGCCGAACCUGUACAAGGCCUCCGACGACUUCCUCCUGCCCGAGGGCCACUUCAAGUUCGUCGGCGGCGCCGUCUCGCUCGCGCAGGCCAAGAGCCUCGUGCCGGGCCUGCUGCUGCCCGCGUUCCUCGGCGGCGCGAAGCACAAGUUCGAGGUGUUCGUCACCAAGAACUCGCACGAGGACCUGGCGCGGAUCGCCGCCUGGGUGGCCGAGGGCAAGGUCCGGACCGUCGUCGACUCGACCUUUGAGUUUGAGGACGCCGUCAAGGCCUACGAGAAGCUCAAGCAGGGAUCGGCCGCCGGCAAGAUUAUCGUGCGCGUCGCGAAGAAGGCCUGA